AUGGAUAAAAAUUUUGGUCAUUAUUUUAGGGAUUUGUUCAACUCUCCAAAUAUCGACGAAAAUUCAAGUGAAGAAAGUUCUCGAGCCCGUCCUAAUUUCUUCAAUCCUCAAUUUCCAUUUCCCACUCAACAUCCACCAAAUUUCCAACCUUUUCCAUACCCACCACCAUAUUACCAUAAUUUCCAAAGUUAUCCAAAUUCUUUGAGUGGCGACCCUCGAGCUCCGUUUUAUACAUAUCCUCCAGAAUAUUGGCAGAGUAAUCAGUAUUUCAUGCAAGGCCCAUCUCAUGGAAUUAAUCAGCUUCAAUCACCGGAGAUUAAUUCAAAUGAAUCGAGAAGAGCUAGUGUUGAUGCAAUUGACAGUGAUAAAGGUACACCUUAUGUAGUCCCCGAUUCACAAUUUCCUCCAUUUUUAUCAGAAAUAGGGUCCGACGAUAUUAUUCUCAAUCAAGCACCAGAGAUGGGCAACGAAUCAGAUGAAGACCAUAACAAGCGAACAGUAUGGACAGUGGCAGAUGAUAAGCUCCUUGCAGCGGCCUACACUAUUAUGAGUGAAGAUUCAGUAGUUGGUAAUGCCCAGAAGAGUGAGUCAUUUUGGAAACGAGUUGUGACAUACUUCAAUACCAAUCGAGCUAAAGGAGCUAAAAAGAGAACUGCGGAGAAAGCAAAAUCACAUUGGGCUUCAUUGAAAAAGAUCGUAAAUAGAUACAAUGGAAUCUACAAUAAAUGGUAUAAUGAUCGACCAAGCGGAUGGAGUGAUGAGGAUUUGAUGGUGCGAGCUCAUGAAGAAUACAAGAGUACUUUUAAAACUACUUUCCAAUAUGAGCAUGUGUGGAGAAUCGUGAAAGAUAGUCCUAUGUAUGCUCCUCAAUCCUCAGAUCGACGGGCAACAAAAAAAGCAAGAACAUCAGAAUCAUCAGGUGCACAUACUGACUCUUCUAAUCCUAAUACAACUACUGAUAUAGAUGAUAGAGAAAUCCGAUUUUGUCCAAUGGGACAGAAGGCAGCAAAGAGGAAAGGCAAAGAAAGAGUAGGCCUACUUGAUGAAUUGAAUCAGGCUAUGCAACAAUCAAUGGCGCAGUUGGAAGAGUAUAAUAACAAUAAGAAAGUUGAUCAACUCAUCCAAGCACAUCAACUCCUCGUAAUGGACACACGAGGCAUGACUGAUGAACAACUUCAAAAUCAUCUAGCGAUAUGUGAACAACUGAAGAAAAAAUUGAACAUGUAG